AUGCCACCCUCCGACUCCGUCUACGACGGCACAGUGCCUAAACUCAUCAUCAGCAUCGACGUCGGCACCUCUCAUUCUGGCGUUGCAUAUGCCUUCCUCAGCCCUGGCAAAGUCCCUCAAGUCAACAGCGUCACCCGCUUCCCUGGUCUGGAAGGCGAUGCAGGCAACUGUAAGAUCCCCACUCGGUGGCAGUGCUGUAGCCCGUCGGUAACGCCCAUACGAGGUGCCCGCGUUGCCGUCGGUAACGGCCAUACGAGCUCGUACGAGCUCCGGUAA